ACCAAUUUUCUUCCAACACACAAACUGAUUGCACACAGCCCUCUUAUUGGUCUGUUAUCAGGUCAGCUUUCAGUGAGGAAAACUCUGAAUCAAGUCUGGUGGUCAAGAUGCGUGCAUUUUUUCUCAUGCUUCUGUGUGCUGUGGUGUGCAGCGUCAGCUCUGACAGCCACCAAGUAGUCACUGAGACUCUGAUGGAUAAUGUUUUGGUUUUGAGGGUGCCUCAUGGCCGGAGAGCCGUGGCUCAUGUUUCUCUGAGCUGUGGAGAAGCUUAUCAAAACCAGCCUGUGUUUUGGAAGAAAAAUGGUGUGGACAUGAAUCCACCUCUGCAGGGGAACCAGGUCAUGGUUCCUGUGGAAGAGACAAAAGGAGGAAACUACACCUGUCACCUCGGUCCAGAUGGAGAUUACCUCAACCACACUGUGAUCCUGGUCCAGCUAAAUCCAGAUAACAGGAGUGUCAUACUGGAGAAAAAAUCAGCUGAAGAAGGUUACAUCCACUGCUCUGCUCCAAACUAUAAAGGCUCCUUUCACUGUACCUGGACAAGAACAGAGUUCAGAGCCGGUGCAGCUGUGCUCCUUGUAAAGGCACAACGGUACAUGGAAAGCAUUCCUUGUGAGCUGAAUGCUGAUGGAUCAGGGAUUCACUGCCAGGAUGCCAGUUGCCCGUACAAAGAGGAACAACACCCCAUCUCCCUCGCUGUUUACAUCCACAGCUCCGCUCUUCUGGAGGCCUACACAAAGUCUUUCUACCUGAGAGAGAUCGUGAGGCCAGCAAAACUCCCCAACCUGCAACUCAGCAAUGAUGGGAGGAUGUUCAGCUGGGACUACCCUGACUCCUGGGAGAAGCCCUGCACCUACUUUGGCCUACACUUCCAGGUCAAGAUGGUCCACAAUGGACAGUCUUGCCACGAUGACACAUACAUAAUGCACAACACCACUGAUCAAACCAAGUACGAGAUCAAUGUCAAAACCAGACGGUAUGUUUUCUGUGUGCGAGCUCAGGACAAACACACCAGCGGGCCAUGGAGCCACUGGAGCCAGUGUGUAGUGAACAAAGACAGCGUGAGAUGUUAAUCUGUCUGUGGACUGUGGCCAUGAAGGAAGAAAAGAAGGAUGGACAACGAUAUAUUUUUAAAUUCCUAUUAUUUUUUUGAUUUUUAAUUUCCAACAUUUUUACAUGUACAGUAUUUAUUCAUCAUUCAUGUAAGUUGUCUCGAUGAAACUAGAGUAUAUUGUUAAAACAAAUAUUUGUCAUAUGAUUUAAAUCAGUUACUAUUUCUCCCAUGCCCUUAUUUAUUACUAUUUUUGCAGAAUUAUUUCUAAAAUCUUUUUGUUUUUUUUACAUUCAUAAUAAAUUCAUGAACAUCAA